CCCCCAUUACCGGGUCGCCGCAUCUCGAGGCUCAACUCGUCAGAAAUCACUUCACCAAUACUCGACUUUCAGAAAAUCGAUCCCACUCGGCCAUUGACUUGCGGAUAUCGGAAUCGGCCCCACAACAUCAGGUCACUCGGCAUUAGGUGUCAGCUAUAUAGCUAAGUUCCGUCGCACAAACCGUCCAUGUUCUCGGCAAGUAAAACAACGCUGUCAAAAUUUCAAAAAAGAAAACAAGCAUGCCGCAUAUUAAGCAAAUAGUAGCCAUUAGGAGAAAGCCCGGUCUCACCCGACAGGAGUUUUUCGACUAUCACUUCCAAGUUCACGGCAAACUCAGCCAAGCACCCUCUCCAGAUAUUACUCCAUCAAAGUAUUUCCAGACCCAUAUCCAGGAUGCGGUAUACAAUAAUCAAGAAGGCCGAGGCGUAAACGCCAAUCCUUGGUGGGCCUUUUCCGAUGACAUCGUUGAGCUUUACUUCCAAUCUGAAGAUCAUAUGAAGACGAUUUUCGGCUCGCAAUAUGUCAGAGAACACGUCGGGCCGGAUGGUAUCAACUUCUCCGACUUUGCAUCGGCAUUACCCGUGACCGUUCAGGAAAGAGUUGUUCCGCUACACGAGUCUGGGAACGUGCCAUCUGAAGACGUUGACACCUUAUCGGUUUCACCUGUCGCGAUGUACUACUUAACUGUAACCGGCGGCGAAACCGACGAUAUCAUCACGGGAUUCGUCAAUAGUUUGCAGAAGUUCGCAGGGAGCCAGGUCCGCACUCUUGUUGCGAAUACUCCAGUAGAGCUGAGCCUCAACCCGGAUGCUUAUUUUGGGAGCAACCCCAACCGUCCAAAAUUCAAUUUGAUCUUCGCAAUCCAUCUACACGGUAAGGAAAGCGUCGCGGACGUGAGGAAAGCCCAGAAAGAUUUUGAGGCAGGGCAUGGAGCCAUGAUCAAUCUCCCAAAUUCAUGGAUCGCCUUCGGUCAACGCGGCCUCGUGCUCAAUCAGGACCACAAUAUUCAGUUUGAUUCAUCUCGGCAGCCCAAACUAUAGG